AUGGCAAGAGUCAAACAAAAGGCAGGAAAGAUUGGUGGCGGAGGCGCCUCAACCCGAGGCGGACAGGCUGCAAAGCAAAGAAACAAACACAAAGUGGUUGUGGAAGAGACGUCCAAACAGAACCACAAACUGCGCAGCAUGGUCACCUUCCGCCCGGAUCCCCCUCCAGGCUAUACGUUCAUACCUGCUGGUAACCCGGAACUUACAGCUGCACUCAAGGAGUUUGCACGUAGGGGCGACAACAAAAUCUACGCUGUCACGACUACACCGCAUGCUGAUCGCCAUGAGCUUUCAAGGGAAGUACAUCGCGUUGGCUUUCAUUUUCCCACCAAUGUUGUUGCUCAAGUUUGUGCGCAUUAUGGCAUUCGUCUUACCAGCGGAGGCAAGGUCAUCGACGAGUCGAAGGAUGACAAACUUUUCAUGCAAGUCUACCAAAACGGCCAGCGACCUGUCGAACAAGAAGAAGAAGCAGAAGAAAAGGACCAGAUCACAAUCAACACGGAGGCCAAACAAACGAUCAAAGAUUUGUUUCCCAAUAUCCCCGACAAGGACCUGUUCCAGAUCAUCAAGACCGCCUUUCAAAAAGGUGACAACAAAGUGGGGACUGCAGACGAGAUCCCUCUUGUCCGUAGGGCGCAGCUUUCCGUCGUUGCUCAUAUUCGACACAUGUAUACCCAGUAUGAUAAGCUUUUGAGGAGGGUGCCUUACAACGAUGCCCGGCACAUGGUUGAACAGGAUACCCUCAAGAAGCUGAUCGAAUGGCGCGCGGACGAAGACACCACGGACGAAGCCACAAAACGAGCAGCAGAUGAUCUUCUCAGAGAAGUCAUAGUUAUUUCUGACGAAGAAGACAGCGACGCCGGCUCCGACGAUCUCCAGGAAAUUCGCCACGACAACGUUCAUGUCGAGGAGCUUCCAAGUGCGGCUUACGCCCAAGGUCUUGGCCGACCUCGGUCUCCGCUAUCUCAGCCAUCUCGUGGGGAUGUCAACCAUGAAUAUCCUUACCUACCACGUGUAGUACACCGGUACAAACCCACUGAUGAUGAGAUUGCAGAGCGGGAUCGCAGUAGGUACGCUGUCUGGAAUCAAGCAAAGCGAGACUACCGUCCUAGGAUGCCACAGGAGCCGGUCACCGUUCUGAAUCGGAUCUAUGAGCCCGAACCGCCCACCUCCCGUGUCCUGAUCCCGCUUGAUCCUCCUGCUCAUCCUACUAGAUCACAGCAUCCACCAGUGACAACAGCGAGGGCUGCCUAUGAGCCCCAUCCCGUUCGCCAUGCAAGUCCUCCAACGUUUAUAAGAGGCGCAGACGGAACAUUGUACGAACGAGUCAGCACACGAUCGAACGAUAUUAUGCCUGACCGGGCGACGCGACACGAGGAGCGCGCUCCACCCACGAUGUUACCCCCGCCAACGAGAGUGAGGACUCGGCCUUCCUCUCCUCAAGGCUACCCCUACCGAGAUCAACGUCUUGCUGGAAAUCCCGAAGUGGGAGAUGCUACAGUUCUGCCUUCGAUCGAGGGACCUGAUGGGGCAUACAUGUCUCCCCGUUCCCGUCAGAAUCCCUUCGACAACCGUAUGGAACCACAUGAGACUAAUCUAGCACGCGAGGACAACCGCAACAUCCGUGAUGUUGCGUACAUUGACCUCACAGGCAGUGGUGAUCAGUCGUCGAAGAGACGUCGAUUCGCAGAGGUCCCACCGCUGCCAGAAUAUCGAACCGCCAGACGGGACUCUCCGAAUCGGCAUCGUGAGCAUCAUUACGUGCAACAAUCUCAACCUGGUGUGUCUCGUGCUGAGACCCGUGUCUUUGACUACGGUGAGCUGCGCUCUAGCCCAAGACUUCGACAUCAAGACUCUGCUCUUGAACCACUCCGACACGUUGAGCGCCCGUCUGUCUAUGAUAUUCGUGAUCCCCUUCCCGCUAAGGCCACCACCCAUCAAACCUCCCUAGCUGUGAAUGGCAGGCACGAGAUGGCAGCCAGCCAGUCUCGCUAUCAUUCACAAAACCACUUGUUCAGACGCUCCGAUGGGCUGGAGAUUAGCACACCGAGGAACGGUGGUCAAUACUUUCCAAACCCUGGACAACGUGUGUAUGAACCCAUCCUGGACUCCCCCAGUUACGAGAAUCAGAAUGCUCUGGAGCGCAAUGGUGCCAUUCGUGAGCAGCAGGGAGGCCCCAUUCCGCGAGAUUCUCGCCCAUGGUACACUUAUCCUAGUGGGUCUAUGGUUACUGAACAGCUGGGUGAGCUACCACGUCAACGCGUGCUUGAAUACGAUUUUCGCCCAGCAGCGACGGCAGGGCAUUAUGCUCAAGUCAAUCGUUGA